GCUCCAAGUAUCCGAGUAUCCUAGCUUUCUUCCUGUCUGUUAAUGAGUUGCCCAUGGUCAAUCGAUCAACAUGACGCUUAGCGGUGGCGCCAUUGCCGUAUCAAUCAUUUUGCUUAACAACCGCAAGUUGGAGUGAUCACGGCUGGCAUAAUAACGGUGGUGGUCACAAUUGCAAUAUACAAUUGCUCCAAGGCCAAGGUGGACAUGGAAAUGUAUUUGCAGCGGGAAGACAAGGGCGGUCGCCAGAACGUGCCACUCGCCGGCACCGCGGACGUCGAGAUGGGGAGCAUGAGCGUCUUCAUCCAGGGUGUCCAGAACGAGCGGCCCGUCCGGUUUACCUCGCAGCAGCUGCACUCCUUUACCCGGGGCAUCGCUCACAAGAUCGGCUCCGGGGGCUUUGGCGCCGUGUACAAGGGCAGGUUCCCCAACGGCACGCCGGUGGCUGUCAAGGUGCUCGACAGCACGCUCGGAAGGCGUGCCGAGGAGCGGUUCAUGGCGGAGGUGGGCACCAUCGGAAGGACGUACCACAUCAACCUCGUUCGCCUCUGCGGCUUCUGCUUCGACGUGUCGGUGAAGGCGCUCGUGUACGAGUACAUGGAGAACGGCUCGCUGGACCGGCACCUCUUCGGAUCGCCGCUGGAGAGGGGCACCGUCGACAUCGGGUUCAACAAGCUCCACGAGAUCGCCGUCGGGAUGGCCAAGGCGGUGCGGUACCUCCACGAGGAGUGCGCGCAGCGGAUCGUCCGCUACGACAUCAAGCCGGAGAACGUGCUCCUCGGGGCCGACAUGGCGCCCAAGGUGUCCGACUUCGGGCUGGCCAAGCUCUGCGACAGGGAGGACACCCACCUGACCAUCACGGGCGCACGGGGCACUCCAGGGUACGCGGCGCCCGAGCUGUGGAUGCCGCUCCCCGUGACCCACAAGUGUGACGUGUACAGCUACGGGAUGCUGUUGUUCGAGAUGCUCGGGAGGCGGCGCAACCUGGAGCUUGGGGUGAAUGGUCGGGAGAGCCAGGAGUGGUACCCGAGGUGGGUGUGGCACCGGGUCGAGGCCGGCGAGACCGACGCCGUGUUGGCGCGUGCAUUGGAGGCCGGGGAUGUGGAGGACAUGGAGAAGGCGGCGAGGAUGUGUAAGGUGGCCUUGUGGUGCGUGCAGUGCCGCCCCGAGGACAGGCCGUCCAUGGGCAACGUCGUGCAAAUGCUGGAGGGGGAUGAAGAGAUCGCCACGCCGGGUAACCCGUUCGCGCACCUGGCGGCCUACAAUGCCGGGACAUUGUCGGGGGACACCACCAUGGAAUCGUACGGUUCUUCAGGUUUCACCGGUAGAUAGAAGGUACCGCUCUGUUCUUUUGCGGAAAGAUGUUGGAGGGUAUUAUCAUCCUGUGCGUUUUUCAUGUAACUGUCUUGGUGGCUUCCAGUUAUCGACCAAAACACCCACAAAGAAAUAAGGUAGGUUUGGGGCUUGAGCCUAUGAUCAUGUAUCAAACUGAUAAGACUCUGAUGUAUUGUGGUUUCAAAUCA